CGCACGUGUGCUGACGUCAGCUGGUCGCGCCAAGGAGGCGUUGGAUUUGUACGGCAAGUUGCUGGCGCAAAGGUCUGUACGACAAGAUGACUCUCCUGCUCGGCUGUCGUACGCUAUGGCGCUGCAACAGGCCGGCCGAAGCUCGGAGGCCCUCCCCCUCCUCUCCGAGCUCGCCACAACACCCGCUGCACCCACCAAACUCCGUCUCGCCGCCGCCACCGCUGCCGUACGAGCUCUCGUGGCCGUACGACGCUGGGAUGAAGCGUACGGCCUCGUGCUUACGGUUACGGCAGACUUGCCAGAAGAAGCUGCCG